AUGCGUGUAUCUUCUAUGAUUGCCAUCGCCCUCGUAGCGUUUAGCGAGACGGGGCUCUGCGAUCGCCAAGAAAGGCAGUCAAGGCUGUUCUCUGGUAGCGUCGCCGGCCGCGCCGCGGCCCUCGUCAAACCAGACGUCGAGAAGCCCACCGUCGAAAAGAGACAAAUCAGCUUCGAGAACGGAGGCAUCAGCAUCGGCGGUGCCGGAGGACUCCAACUCGGCGGUCAGGGCAAAGGCAAAGGCAAAGGCAACGGCCAGGCUACGGCGGGUCAGCCCGGCACCAACGUUGCAGGCAACCGGACCGCCAAUAACAACGCCGGCCUGACCAUCGGCGGAAUCCAGCUCGGUGGCAACAAUGUCGGGACCACUGGAGGGACCGGCAACAGCGCGUUGGACGCUUUUCUGAACGCGGCCAACGGCGGCAAGAAGAAGAAUAACGGCACUGCCAAUGCCGGUGCGGGAGCCGCUGUGCCGGGACAGGCUGCUGGCGGCCAAGGGCAAAAAGCCGGUGCCGGUGGUGGGAAACAAAAGGGUGAGGGCAGCCCCGGUGCUAACCCUGGUGAAGCUGCCAAGGCUGAACAGGGGCUCGGAUCGAACCCCGGCGAGGCCGCAAAGGCCAAAGAAGCCGCGAAGGAGGCAGAGCGUAAGGGCGCCGGGGCCGGGCUCGGGGAAGCGAAGCCGGCUGGUGAGGCACCGCCUGCAAAUGCUGCCGAGGGAGCCAGACCUGCCGAAGGAGCAAAGCCAGCGGAGGGGGCCAAGCCUACUGAGGGUCAAGCUGCCGAGGGACAGCCAAAAGCGGUGCAAGAAUCUGAGCAAUUCAAGGACAACGCUGGUAUCACUCUCGGUGCUGAUGGCCAGGCUCAGAACAUCGGUGGUAAUCUCGGUAUCACAAAGGGCAGUGAUGGGAGCACCUCUGUCGGUGGCAAGUCUGGUAUCAACAUCAGCCCCGGUGGUGGUCAGCGACAAGGCAAGAAUAAGGGAAAUGGCCAGCAGCAAGCGACUCCGCCGCCCGCAGCUCCAGCCACUGAAGCUUGA